UUAAAUCUCGUGGUGAAAACUCACGCGCAUAGACAGCCUAACCUUUGACAUCACAAUAUCAUGUGAGAUUGCUCUACCGAAUUUUCCACCGAUAAGGAGACAGAUUUCUGAAGAUCAUUUGCAAGAUUUAAGACACAAUCAUGGCGGGUGGAAUGGAAAGAACCAGGAAACUGAUAAAGAUUCGUGAUGAAGAUAAGGAAUCCAUGUUUGGAUAUGUGUUUGCCGUUUCUGGUCCUGUUGUAACAGCGCAGCAAAUGUCGGGAGCUGCUAUGUACGAGCUUGUGCGUGUUGGACAUCACGAGUUGGUUGGUGAGAUCAUCCGUCUUGAAGGCGACAUGGCUACAAUCCAAGUCUAUGAGGAAACAUCUGGCGUAACAGUCGGAGAUCCUGUGCUAAGAACCGGUAAACCACUAUCAGUAGAAUUGGGCCCUGGAAUAUUGGACAGUAUAUUUGAUGGUAUCCAGCGACCCUUGAAAGAAAUUAAUCGACUCACAGAAAGUAUUUAUAUUCCACGUGGAAUCAACACCCCUGCGCUCAAUCGUUCCCUUAAGUGGGAGUAUGAAGUCCAGAAUGGAAUUCGGGUUGGCCGUCAUAUCACAGGUGGAGAUAUCUUUGGCGUUGUACAUGAGAGUUCCCUUAUUGAACAUAAGUUAAUGUUACCACCAAAAGCACUAGGAACUGUUACAUGGAUGGCUGAACCUGGAAAUUAUGACAUCACAGAUGUGAUUCUAGAGACCGAAUUUGAUGGGGAGAAGACUGAGCACACAAUGGUUCAAGUAUGGCCGGUCCGUCAGCUGAGACCGGUAGCUGAGAAACUUGCUGCCAAUCAUCCGCUGCUCACUGGUCAGCGUGUACUGGACGCCCUCUUCCCAUGUGUCCAAGGUGGAACGACUGCUAUCCCAGGAGCCUUUGGAUGUGGAAAGACCGUUAUCUCACAGUCUCUGUCCAAGUACUCAAACAGUAAUGUCAUCAUUUAUGUGGGUUGUGGAGAAAGAGGAAAUGAAAUGUCAGAAGUACUUAAAGAUUUCCCAGAGCUUACACUUGAAAUAAAUGGUAAAACUGAAUCAAUUAUGAAGAGGACAGCAUUGGUAGCUAACACCUCUAAUAUGCCUGUAGCUGCCAGAGAGGCCUCCAUCUACACAGGAAUCACCUUGUCGGAAUACUUUCGUGAUAUGGGCUACAAUGUAUCAAUGAUGGCUGACUCCACAUCUCGUUGGGCUGAAGCGUUGCGUGAAAUCUCAGGUCGACUCGCUGAAAUGCCGGCAGACAGUGGCUACCCAGCAUAUCUGGGGGCUCGUUUGGCUUCUUUUUAUGAGAGGGCUGGCAGAGUUCAGUGUCUUGGAAAUCCUAGCAGAGAGGGUAGUGUUAGCAUCGUUGGAGCUGUUUCUCCACCCGGCGGAGACUUCUCUGAUCCAGUCACUUCAGCUACACUUGGUAUUGUACAAGUAUUUUGGGGUCUGGACAAGAAACUAGCCCAGAGGAAGCACUUUCCCUCCAUCAAUUGGCUUAUCAGUUACUCCAAGUAUAUGCGAGCCUUGGAUGAGUUUUAUGACAAAAAUUACCCAGAGUUUAUACCCCUUAGGACCAAGGUGAAGGAAAUUUUACAAGAGGAGGAAGAUUUGUCGGAGAUUGUGCAAUUAGUAGGAAAAGGCUCCCUCGCAGAAUCGGAUAAAAUCACACUUGAGGUUGCUAAACUAAUAAAGGAUGAUUUCUUGCAGCAAAAUGGUUUCACACCCUAUGAUAGAUAUUGUCCAUUUUACAAGACAGUUGGCAUGCUACAGAACAUGAUAGCUUUUUAUGACUUAGCAAGAAGAGCAGUAGAAACAACCGCACAAAGUGAUAACAAGAUCACAUGGUCAAUUAUAAGAGAUAGCAUGUCAGACAUUAUGUAUCAACUAACCAGUAUGAAAUUUAAGGACCCAGUAAAAGAUGGUGAGGCUAAAAUCAAAGCAGACUUCGAUAAGCUACUAGAUAAUAUGCAGCAAGGAUUUAGAAACCUUGAGGACUAGUUUGAAUCAUUCUAUCCAGUAUUGAGCUCCAGGAUUAAUAUUAAAGAAUGAUAAUGCAAUAAGAUUUGAGAACAACAUAGGGAUUAUCAUGUAAUCCAUAUUGGAUUAGAAUCCAUACAUGGGUUUAUUGAAAUAUACUUUAGCAAUUGGAGGAUUUGUGAAUAUGAUAGUGUCAGUAAGAGGAAAUCCAAUAAAAGUAGUCUCAGACUUAUUUGUUUUUUUAUGAUUCUACACAUCAGAGCAGAUGAUGCAGUAAUCCCAGCCAGCAUAUCUUACAGUUGUGGUACAUUUUGAAUAAAGAAUUUCAUAUUAGGGAUUUAAUUAAUUAUAUUAUAGCAUGUUAUUUCCAAGGUAUAAAUUGGAUGGGGGAGAUUGUUUCAUGAUUAGGUAUAGUUGUAUGGUCGGUUGUUGGUAAUAAAGUGUAUCUAUGCUAAUGGAUUAUGUGAGGAUAGUCAUAUAUAGAAUUAUUAAAUGUUAUAUUAGAUUUACAAAAGUAUAUUUAUAAAGACAGGUUUGGCAAUCAGUAGAAUAACUGGAAUAACUGUGGUCUUUGUGUAAUGCGUCAAGUCAAAAUUUUUCUUAAAUGUUUGUAGCAAUAAAUGUUUUAGAAAUCUACUCUUAAAUAUAUUGUGAUAUGUUGAGACAUGAAUCAUCUUUACUACAAAAAUUUUAAUAACAAAGCAUUCCACGUUUUAUUAUUUGUUUUUAUUAUUGUUAUUCUGUUAUUAUAAUUUAUAAAUGUAUUAUUAUCCACAUUAUUAUUGCUUAUAUUAUUGAUAUUAACAUUAAUAAUUGAUAAUUAAUUAAUUAUUAUUAAUGAGGCUGUGUAAGGUAUUCACUAUAAUCUGCCCCAGGAUAAUUCAUUGGAUGAGUACCAUUAUGUUAACAGCAUUAAAUUAAUGCAUAGCAAAAUAGAUGUUCAAAGGAGAACUUCUGACUGGUUAAAUUUUAAAAGAGGGUGUUGUCUCCAAUAUUAAUGCAGUUUUUCUGAUUUAUUACUACUGUAUUAUUAUUUAUACUUAUGAUGGUGGAUUUUUGUAAUUAUAUUUUUAAUAAGAUAAUGGUUCUCUUAUCAGGAGGCUGUUAUUGCAAGGGAAUUUCAUAAGGUCAUAUUGAGGUUGGUGAUCUCAACUGUCCGUGAUUAUUUUAUUAUAUUUGCAUCAUAAAAAAAAUCAGUAAUUGUCUGUUUUGAAAAUAAAAAUAAUAAAAUGUGCAUUUCCUGUUUUUAUUGGAAUAUAGCCUCACCAGGUGUACAGUUUAAUCUUACAGGAACCAUAGUAAUCCUUUUCUAUCCACCGACUUCCAUCUGUUAGGUAACACCUAAAUGUUAAUCCCAUUAUGUGCCCUGCAACCAUCCGUCAGUGAUGUAUCGAUGCUUGCUGGGUGAAAUGCUAAUAAUGAUGUUGGAGUCAACACACAGCCUGUAGGAAGUAAUGGGGAGUAAAUUUUGCAUAUUUUGAUUAUAUAUGCUCAUGCUGCAGGUGUUCUGAAUGUCAUCCAGGUGUGUUCUGAAUUCAGAAUUUUAAAUGUCAACAAAGUCACACAGAGUACACAAUUGCGAUUGUCUGUAUAUCAGUUGAUAUAAAAUAUAUUUGAAAAUAGA